AUGCUCAGCGUAAUGCUCGCAUGGCUGAGCCUUGCUUUAUUCAAUGGUGCGCUUGCUCGGAAUUCCAUCUGCCCCACAGUCGACGUCGGUUAUGCGACAUAUCUCGGCAACCAGACAUACCCAAAUACGGUGGCAUACCUUGGGAUACCGUAUGCCGAGCCCCCUGUAGGCGAUUUGCGCUUCCGUGCAACGGUCCCUCUGAACACGACGCGUGUGAGCGAAGAGGCCAGCUUGAACGGGGUAGUGGUCAACGCGACCUACUACCCUGACUUUUGUGUCCAAGGAACAACGGGUGCUGGAGAUGCGGGGGGAGCAGGAUCAGAGGACUGCUUAAAAGUCAACAUCUACUCACCCUACGGUGUCGAAGAAGGCGACAACCUCCCUGUAUUGUUCUAUAUCCAUGGCGGAGGUUAUGUCUAUGGAAAUCCACGUAACUGGCCAUUUGAUAACUGGAUCAAUCAAAGUCCGAAUGUCAUCAUCGUGUCUGUUUAUUACCGUCUUGAUUCUUUCGGCUUCCUAACCACUCCCGAAUUCGCCGACCCCACGUACGGCGACUUUAAUGCGGGGUUCCAGGACCAGAUCCAGGCACUCAAAUGGGUCAAAUCAUACAUCAGCAAAUUCGGUGGUGACCCGACCAAAGUGACCAUCAACGGUCAGAGCGCCGGUGGUAGCUCCGUGGAGCUACACAUGAUUGCCAACGAGGGUGAACAGCUUUUUUCUGGCGCUAUUGCGCAGAGCGUCUUCAGGUCGCCCCUUCCCACCCCUGAGCAACAGCAGCCUCUGUUCCAAUUUUACGCAUCAUACGCAGGGUGUGGAACGGGCUCUGUGGCAGAGCAAAUGACAUGUCUCCGUGGUGCAAGCAUCAGCGCGCUUGCACGGGCACAGGAUGCUGCAGUCCAGGGGAAAUUUUCCGGAUUGUACAAUUCAUUCCGCCCCGUCUUGGACGGCAUGCUGAUUACUGGACACCCUACGUCGAUGUUCGAACGCGAUGAGUUUGCUCAUGUUCCGCUUAUAGUUGGCGCAACAUCUAACGAGACUCUUUCUGGCGGGGCGAACAUCUCUCUGGCACUUAAGGAAUAUUUUCCAUCACUGACAGACGCAGUUAUUCAGGAGUUCUUGCGGCUAUAUCCAGCAGAUGAAUUUGAUUCUUUGAGUCAGCAGUUCCAGGUGGCCACAGGCGAACCUGACGUAAUAUGCGGUCGCCAGGCCAUGGGCGGCCCAUCCUCGCUACAUUCCAAUACUUGGACUUAUCGGUACAACACACCUAACCCAACGAGCGGUAGCGAUGUCGUUGCACAUGCUGCAGAGAAUUGGAUGAUGUUUGAUGGCACUAACACCGGUUUAAACGGCUCUACGACAUUUACGCCACAGACGCCCGCCGAACUCGCAUUCACUUCCGAACUCAUUGCUUACUGGCUUUCCUUCGUGCGCACCGGCAAUCCCAAUAUUUACAAGCUGGACAGGUCUCCGAUGUGGGAGCAGUACACUGAGCUCAGCCCUGUCCGGAUGGUUUUGAUGCAGGAUCCGCAAAACCUGACGAUUGUAAGCGGUAGCUAUAUGGAGAGUCAACCUGCUACGGAGGCUGCCAGGUGUGCAUUUGCGAUUAGCAAGGCGCAGGCUUGUCAAAAUUAGGCAGGGUCAUAGUGACUUAUCCAACACUGAUCCACAAUGUAAAGAAAUGCAAACAAGGGUGCGACAAAAUUU